UUAUUGUUUUUCGGUUAUAAGGCAAUCAAAUAAUCAAACAAGCCAGCAAAGCCAACACCAAACAAAAAAUUGGCGGCGUGACGAUCCAUUCCCUCGGCACUCCUAGCGCCUGGUAACCUCCAUCGAUGCAUUCGGAAGCUCGGCUGCCGCUGCCUGGCGCUGGAACCAGGAAGGCGGUGAGCUUAAACUGAAGCAAGUUCGGAGGGCGCCGGCGGCUCGCCGAUUUGAAGAGACAUUUCCAGGUUUGCGGCGCUUGCAAGUCCACGGGAGGUGUGAUCCCGAAGACUGGGAGCCAGAAAUGGGACGCCGUUCAUCAGAUACUGAAGAAGAAAGCAGAAGCAAGAGAAAAAAGAAACAUCGUAGACGGUCAUCUUCAAGUAGUUCUUCAGAUAGUAGAACAUACAGCCGAAGGAAAGGUGGAAGGAAAUCAAGGUCAAAGUCAAGAUCUUGGUCCAGAGAUCUUCAGCCUCGCUCACAUUCUUAUGAUAGAAGACGGAGACAUCGAUCAAGCAGUAGCUCUUCUUAUGGCUCUAGAAGAAAACGAAGUCGAAGUCGUUCAAGGGAUUGGGGGAAAUCCUAUAGAGUUCAGAGGUCUAGGUCAAAAAGCAGAACAAGAAGGUCCAGGUCAAGACCUCGCCCACGUUCCCAUAGUCGAAGCAGUGAAAGGUCCAGUCACAGAAGAACCCGUAGUCGAUCUCGGGAUAGAGAACGACGUAAAGGCAGAGAUAAGGAGAAAAGAGAAAAGGAGAAGGAUAAAGGCAAGGACAAGGAAUUACACAACAUUAAACGGGGGGAAUCUGGAAACAUCAAAGCUGGAUUAGAACAUCUGCCACCAGCUGAACAGGCCAAAGCCAGACUACAGUUGGUUCUUGAAGCUGCUGCAAAAGCUGAUGAAGCAUUGAAAGCCAAAGAAAGAAAUGAAGAAGAAGCAAAGAGAAGAAAGGAGGAAGACCAAACCACCCUGGUAGAACAAGUAAAAAGAGUAAAAGAAAUUGAAGCCAUUGAAAGUGAUUCUUUUGUUCAGCAGACAUUCAGAUCAAGUAAAGAAGUCAAAAAGUCGGUGGAAGCCAGUGAAGUGAAGCAUGUACCUGCAGCAUCAGGACCAGUGUCAGUAGCUGCUGAUCUACCCAGUAAUGAAAAAGAAAUAGACCCGAGCAGCAUCCCUACUGCUAUCAAGUACCAAGAUGACAAUUCUCUGGCUCAUCCGAACUUAUUUAUUGAGAAAGCUGAUGCUGAGGAGAAGUGGUUCAAGAGAUUAAUUGCUCUUCGACAAGAAAGGCUAAUGGGCAGUCCUGUGGCCUAAUUAAUACAUAUGGUUGAAUUAACAGUAACAUUGGAAAUUUAGGUUUUUAUAUCCCAUUUUAACUUUUUACUCUUAUAAAGAAUUGACCCAAUUAUAUAAAAAGGUAAUCUCAUUUAAUUCAUUUCUCAUGUGGGCUUGAAUAUUUGUUGACUUGAACUUAAACACUGUGAAUAUUAAAACUAGUGUAAAAUUGAGGAAUGCAUGAAAAUCCCUGCUGUUAAUAAAGCUAAUCCUAAAAAUAUCAAUGUUAAAGUAAAUGGCACACAGUAUCAUUUCUAAGUACAAUUUUUAAAAUAUCAACUGUCAUUUAAAGACACUAUUUGAUCAUGCAUAUAUGAGAAUCAAACUAUAUGCUAUAAAUAUGAGAUUUCAUCUUCCAUGUCUUUGAAUCUUUUAUUUCACCUUACUGGGAAAUUUUAGGAACAAUAAAAAGCAUUCUUAACAAUCUAAGCAGAAUGAGCAUGUUAAUAUUUAAAGAACAACAUAUUUAUUGAAAAAAUUUCUUAAAGAUCAAAUUGAUGUCUUAUUGCUUAGAGAUCAGCUUUUACUAAGUUCCUUUUAAACAUGUUAGCAGAUCCCACUCGUUCUUUUAGAAAUCACAUGCUCAUGCUAGACCUAACCACUUGGCAAAAUGUCCAUGACAGGGAAGUCAUUUCCAAGGAAACAGGUAAGAGCUCUCGCUUCAGUCUUACUUAGCCAUCUGCUGUUCUCUGUAGAGGAAGCCAACUAGUUGUAAUGUUGAGAAGCCUCUGUCACUGUAGAAUACCUUUCUCUAGUGGCUGAAUGAAAAUCAACUAUGCAUUCCAUACUGAACAUGCCAGAGAUAAGGGCUUUUAGUCCUUGCCUUUAGUUUUCAACAGCUGAAAUAAAUACUUCCCUCCCCUAUUUUGUUCUGUUGUUUGCUCUCACUCUAAUUUAGUCUCUAUGAAGACUGUACCUCAGAAUACAAUAUAAGCAUGAACAGUUUUGGGGAUAAAAUUACCAAU